AUGCAGUGUGAAGACCCCUUUGAUUUCAUUGACGACUUACUUGACUUCCAAAAUGAAGAUGACUGGCUAGCAAUGAUGGAUGGUUGCGACAAUGGAGAUCAGAUAGCUCCUCUGCAAACUCCGGAAAUCGCCGGAAGAGUUCAUGACAGUCCAACCGCCGUCGCCGGCAGCCGGAUUAGUUCGGAAGAGGAUGCGCUGAGAAGCAUGCUGCAGCGCGAUGAUAUUGAGAUUAUAAAUCUGGAUUGGCUUUCAAACUUCAUUGAAGAGUCUGAUCUCAACUUUCUCAAUCCUAUAGCAUUCAUAUCACAGAGCCCAACCCCUAUUCUUGAGAACAAUAAAGCCUCCACUUCCUCAACCCCAGACCCGCCCACAAGCCGAACCCGAACCCAAACUAAAGGCCCGCGGGCUCAAGUCACCCGACCUAUCUCCCCCUCCUCCCUAACCCUAUGGGUAUCCAAGCCCGAAAUUAUGGAAAAGACACAAAAAAGUAAUGUGGUUGAUCGCGAUAGGCUGAAGAAGUGUUUGCAUUGUGAGAGUCAUAAAACACCGCAGUGGCGGGCCGGACCAAUGGGGCCCAAGACAUUAUGUAAUGCUUGUGGUGUUCGCUACAUGUCAGGUCGGCUUUUCCCUGAGUAUCGACCCGCUACAAGUCCAAAGUUUACUCCUUUUGUUCACUCGAAUUCUCAUAAGAAAGUGGUGGAGAUGCGGCAGGAAAAGGCUAAUCUAAGCUCACCCAAUGGUGAUGUGGCGAAAUGUGAAUUGCUUGAUUACAUAAGGAAUAAAGCCUCACCAAGGUCAGCCGCCACUCGUCUUCGUCUUUUCCUUCCUCUCGCAGCAACCGGCGAUGACGCAAACACAGAUGCAGAACAAACCAGUGGGGAUCGGCGCAGAGAGAUGCGAAACUUCUGCCUCUUGUCGAUCAAACCAUUGGGGAUCAGUGCAGAGAAACGUGAAACUCCUAUAUCUCUCUUCCUUCGGUCACGGUCCUCGCGAAGUGGCGACGAAUCCCACAAUCCAGUUGAGAUUGACAUACACAAGCGUAGAUCGGUGAGAAGAGACCUAAAACUCUCGUUUUUCCGCUUGGUCCUCAAGAAGCAUUCUCAGCUAGAGCUAACAGAGGCUUUAGCUUUGGUGAGAAGGAAUGUGGAAUCGCAUGAUCAUGGAGGAGACGGACAGAAGCUUUGCGCGAUUGGGAAGAGAGAAGGCAAGGACGGCUCAGACAGAGGGGGUGCAACUUUGUGCGGGCUAAGACAAAGCGGAUCACACGAAUUUGCAUCAAGGAAGUUAGACUUAAUCUUAUUGUUGAAGAACCAGAAAACAACAGAAGAUGGAGCUGAUAAUGUUUCAAAUCCAUCGACAUCAAGGGGUAACAUUGUCACUUAUACUCGCUUCAACAAAGGUAUUGGUGACACACUUGCUUUUGCCUCUAUUUCCACAACAAAAUCACCAGAAUGCAUCAUAGAUUAUGGUGUUUCUCGUCACGUAAAAGAUACAGCUGGAGAGUUCUUUUCAUAUACUCAUUUAGCAGUACCAGAGAAUCUACAGACUACUUAUGGUACAGUGCAGUCUGUAGUUGAUAAGAGUACAGUGAGAUGGGCUUUAAUUUCUUCAGCCACAGACAUGCAGUGUGAAGACCCCUUUGAUUUCAUUGACGACUUACUUGACUUCCAAAAUGAAGAUGACUGGCUAGCAAUGAUGGAUGGUUGCGACAAUGGAGAUCAGAUAGCUCCUCUGCAAACUCCGGAAAUCGCCGGAAGAGUUCAUGACAGUCCAACCGCCGUCGCCGGCAGCCGGAUUAGUUCGGAAGAGGAUGCGCUGAGAAGCAUGCUGCAGCGCGAUGAUAUUGAGAUUAUAAAUCUGGAUUGGCUUUCAAACUUCAUUGAAGAGUCUGAUCUCAACUUUCUCAAUCCUAUAGCAUUCAUAUCACAGAGCCCAACCCCUAUUCUUGAGAACAAUAAAGCCUCCACUUCCUCAACCCCAGACCCGCCCACAAGCCGAACCCGAACCCAAACUAAAGGCCCGCGGGCUCAAGUCACCCGACCUAUCUCCCCCUCCUCCCUAACCCUAUGGGUAUCCAAGCCCGAAAUUAUGGAAAAGACACAAAAAAGUAAUGUGGUUGAUCGCGAUAGGCUGAAGAAGUGUUUGCAUUGUGAGAGUCAUAAAACACCGCAGUGGCGGGCCGGACCAAUGGGGCCCAAGACAUUAUGUAAUGCUUGUGGUGUUCGCUACAUGUCAGGUCGGCUUUUCCCUGAGUAUCGACCCGCUACAAGUCCAAAGUUUACUCCUUUUGUUCACUCGAAUUCUCAUAAGAAAGUGGUGGAGAUGCGGCAGGAAAAGGCUAAUCUAAGCUCACCCAAUGGUGAUGUGGCGAAAUGUGAAUUGCUUGAUUACAUAAGGAAUAAGUAAAUGUGGCAAAUCAAAAGUCAGCUUCUUUUUAUUAUCAUGAUGGGUCUAAGAUAUAUGUAUAGUCCAUCAUACUAAUCUUAAAGCAAAUCCCACGACUUAUAGAUCCAUCAUGGCUAAAAUUUGAUAUUAUAUGACAUGGGAAGGGGAGAGCCAAAAAAGGA